UAAAUUGGCUCUCUGUGUCGGACAAAGCUUUUUAUUUUGGUAAAGGUACCUUAACAAUUAAGCUCACAUUUUAUUCUGCUGUGGUCACAAUAAACGUAACAACGGACAGGCAGAGAGGAUCGGGGAGUGCUUCUCGAUGCUCCGGAGGAAGGGACGAACCUCCUCGUCCAGACGCCGCUAGCGUAGGCAGUGCAGCCACUCGCAGAUGGGUACCUCCAAGCAGCAUUAAACGAGAUGCAGUCUCCCCAGAAGAAAAAAAUGAUCAAGUUUUCCGAAGAGUUCGAGGCAUUCUCAACAAACUUACACCGGAAAAGUUCCACAAGCUGAGUGAAGAACUCCUCAGUGUUGGACUUGAUUCCACACAAAUUCUUAAAGGUGUAAUAUUACUGAUAUUUGAUAAAGCUCUCGAUGAACCGAAGUACAGUUCUAUGUAUGCUUUGCUAUGUCGGAAAUUGUGUGAAGAAGCUCCAAACUUUGACGCCCCCUCAAACAACACAGGAAGUCACAAUAACAAUACAUUCCGUCGCCUUUUAUUAGCCAAGUGCCAGGACGAAUUUGAAAAUAGACGAAAAGCCAGCGAAGCCUUUGAUAAAAAAGAUGGCGCUCUUAGCCCAGAAGAAGAGGAACAACGUGGAGUCGCAAAGCAUAAAAUGUUGGGAAACAUUAAAUUCAUUGGAGAAUUGGGCAAGCAGGGAUUGUUACAUGAAGCCAUAUUGCAUCAGUGUGUACAACAGUUAUUGGCCAAAAAGAAGAGGCAGACUAUUAAAGAUGUGGCCGAAGACUUGGAGUGUCUCUGUCAGAUAAUGAAAACUGUUGGACAUAGACUUGAUACUGAUAAAGCAAAGGCACUGAUGAAUCAGUACUUUGAAAGAAUGCAGACAUUCGCCUGUAACUUUGAUCUGCCUUCUCGCAUUCGCUUCAUGUUGCAAGAUGUUUUGGAGCUCAGACAAAAUAGAUGGGUACCAAGGAGAAUCCUUUCCGAACAUGGUCCCAAAACUAUUCAGCAGGUUCGAGAUGAUGCUGCUCGAGAUUUUGGAGCAUAUCUUCAUCAUGCUCUUCCUCAACGUAAUAUGAAUCUUUCUUCUAGUGGCAUGCUUGGUAUGAGCAAAUUGCGCAGUGGAUUAGAUGAUGUUUUCAGUUCUGUUCCUAUAGGUGUAGGCUCUCUUGGUACUGGGCCUGGAGUGAUUUCUACAGACACAUUUCCUGCUUAUUCUAGCAAUAUGGGUCGUCCAGCCAGAGGUGGCAUUGGAGGAUCUGGUUUCCUUACUGGUGGUUCUCAGCCGUAUUUUAACAGUAAUCGUAACAAACAAUUUCCUAACAGAGACCGUGAUCAUGAUCUUUUUCCUGCCUACCAGCAACCAAGACAACAAAAUCAAAGUCAAAACCAGCUUGGAUUUAGUGGAGCUCAGUCAAAUCGAGAUUUGCCUCCUCGAUUUCUGAAGAAAGCUCUUCAACCUCAUACCAGCAAUAGUGAGGAAAUAAGUUUACGUCCAGCACAAAACUCUAUGAUGGUGAAAAGCAAACAAACGUCAUUUACCAAGCCCUCUAACAAUUCAAUUUCUACUUCCAUUUCUGGGACAAGUAACUCUAUUCUACGAGAAACAUCUCCUAUCAUUCCAACUGCUCCUCCCAAUCCUGUUCUUCAAAAAGAACCUCCUGUUAUUGUUAAGCAAGUAACUCAAGAUAAAAACAAGGCUAAUAAACAAAUGCCAUCAAAAGAAGAAGUCAUUAAAAAAAGUGAUGAACUUAUAGCAGAAUAUUUAAAAGUGCAAAAUAUGGAUGCUGCUGUCAAAUCAUUUCGAGAUAUUAAAAUGCCCAAAAAACACGUCAGUGAAGUUCUACUUAUGAUGAUGAAAGUAACUAUUGAGAAAACAGAGAGUGAUAGAGAAUUACUUAGCCAGCUGCUUGCUGAAUUGAAAAAAGAAGGAUUAAUGAAUGGAAAUCAAGUGAUGGAUGCCUUGAAAAGUAUUUUUCAACAAAUAUCUGAAUUAGAAGUUGAAGUCCCACGUGUCAAGUCUCAUGUUGCUGGCUUUGCAGCUAGAGAUAUAGCAAAUGACCUUGUGACUCUGACUCAAGUUGCUGAGCCUUUGGAAGGAGGAACUCAUUAUCCUCUAUUUUUACUUUGUUUACAACAACUUCAUAAAUCUCAAGGUCGAGUUUGGUUGCAUUCUGCUUUUAGUCAAAGCAAAAUCAAUCUUCUGUCUAUGCUACCAGAAAUUGAUAGAACGAAGGAAAGACUGGCUGAUAUUCUAGAAGACCGUGGUUUGAGUUUCUUAUUUCCAUUGCUCCGUAUACAAGCAGAUCUUUGGAAACAACUUCAAACCGACCCAAGUCCUACUUCUCUCUAUAGGUGGAUUAAAGAAUCUGUUGAUACUUCACAACACACAGUGCCUGGUUUCGUCAGCGCCUUAGUGUCUUGUAUGAUUAAAUACAUCACUCAGGAGACUACUUUAGCUGAUGGCUUAGAUCGUUCAAGUGUGCCAGACAAAAUAAUAUUAGAUAAAGAAAAAGAAAUGUUGGAGAAAUUCAAGCCUGUAUAUCAAGCAUUUUUGCAUGAACAUCCAGAUUUACAGCUUGUUGCUCUAUAUGCACUUCAAGUUCAUUGUUACAAUUGUGGUUUUCCAAAAGGAAUGCUUUUAAGAUGGUUCAUGAUGUUUUAUGAUCAAGAGAUUAUUGAAGAAGAUGCAUUUUUGAAAUGGAAAGAAGAUGUGAAUGAUGAUUAUCCUGGAAAAGGGAAAGCACUUUUUCAAGUAAAUCAGUGGUUGACUUGGUUGGAAGAAGCUGAAGAAGAAGGUUCAGAUGAUGGUGAAAAUUAGAUCUUUUGAAAAAGAGACUUCAGUCUAAAGCUAAAAAUAUACGGUUGACUUCUUCCCUUUACAACUACUAUACUCUACAUUUCUUCAUAAGUAACCUACUUCUCAAACAUCGCAAUCCUUUAGGGCCAUUGAAUGCAUUGGGAUUUUAAAUAAUUUUUCCUUUUUGACUGUCUUAAUUGUGCAUCUCUUAUUUUUUCCAUGAAGGUAUUUUCAGCUGUGCGCAUCUUACAUAUAUAUAUAUGCCUGCCAUGUUGGUUCCUUUGUCAAACUUUUGUAUAUUCGAUGGCUCUUUUGGUGGCAGAAAAUUAUGUAUAAAGAUAUAAAACGAAAAUUGAGACUUCUCUGCACUAUGUACUAGUGCAUAUAGGAAAAUUUAAAUGAUGCAGAAUUUAGAUUGUUUUUAACAAAGACUUAUCAUUCUAACUUCUGCACUAGAUGGUUCUGUGGUUAUGUAUAUUUGAUUUGCUUGUUUGAAAUCAUUGAAGAUGGCCACUAAAAUAUUUUGCCAAGGUUUGUUUAAAAACAAAACACACAAGAAAAUCACUUUUUGGCUAUCAUUAAUUUUUGUGGGAGUUGCAUGUGUGAGAAUUUUCAAUUUUAAAAGCAUGAAUUGAAGAACAUUAACCCUUUAUUUCUACUUACUUAUGACUUUAUCCAGUACUUCCAUUAAUUACUAUUAAGAAUUUAAUCAUUUACUGAAAAAUCCUGUGGAAAGGAAUUGCCUUUUAAUUGAAAUUUAGAAUCGUUACUGUAAAAUGGAAAAAUAAUAAAUAUGCAAAGCUUUCGAGAAAAGCAUGUAAAAUUUUUAUUUAUGAUUUGAGUGAAAUCUGGGGAACUUUUGUUAUAAAUAUAGAAACCUGAAAACACCUGUCUUUCAUUAUUUAUGUUAUGAAUGAGUUUAAGGAAUCACAAAGGUAUUUAAAUUAUGUCAGUAUUGUUCCAGACGAAAAAUAUAUGUUUGAAUUUUCUUUAUUUUACUAUGAAAAGUUGAUUAUCAUUCUUUAAGUUUUAUUUUUGUUCAAGAGCCUCUGCUGGCAGAUUUUAGAAAUGUGAAAUUAAAUUGUAGUUUAACAUUUUUGAUGGCUUUUAUGUGACUAAGUUAUCUUCAUACAUUGUAUCUAUUGUGGAUUUUAAAACUGAACUUUCACUUGUUUCGUUAUUCUUUCAUAUAAAUUUUCAUAAUCUUUCUACAAAAGCUUUUGUGUUUUUACUGUUGAUAGACUGGGCAGCAUUAUGAACGAUUCAACCAAUUCUUGACAUGAAAAUUGAUUGUAUGUAGUAAAAUUUCUGAAAACUGUAGACACGGAUUUAAGAGCAAUCAUGUUUGUACUUGAAUAAAAACAUUUUUCGAUACAAAA